GCAGGACACAUGGGUAGGGGGCUUCACGGGCGCUGUGGGGCGCUUCUCCGCUUCUCUGCGGUAAACAGGGAUCUUCCGUAUGAACUUCUCGGCCCUUCGGCGGCGGGUUCCGGAACCUCUGCUUCCCCUGUUCUGCCCCAGUCGCGGGUGAUAAUAGGCAGAAGAAUGAAGGAAUUUAUUGAAGAUAUUUAUGAAUCACAGCUGGAUAAGUGGAACAAUGAGAAGAGAUGCCUAUUUAUAGAGGAAUGAGAAGAAGAGGAGCUUUCUGAUUCCAUGAUUGUCCUGUUGUUGGGUAGAUUUCUAGUCAUUUUCACAGGAUGGCAGCUCCUGGUCUGUCUCCCGUAACUGUUGUGUCUACUCGGGACCCUGUUUGUCUCCAAGAAUUGGAAAUUCCUCUUUCUUCAAAAGACUGUUCGUGUCCCCAGAGUGUGGAUCUGUAUCCUUGCAGUGUCUUGGAGCCUCAAAGCCCCAUGGGGGCUAGUUCAAAGGAGUCGGUGACUUUCCAGGAUGUUGCUGUAGACUUUACUGAGAAAGAGUGGCCUUUGCUGGAUUCUUCUCAGAGAAAACUGUAUAAAGAUGUGAUGCUGGAAAAUUAUAGCAACCUCACUUCAGUGGGAUAUCAGCUUGGCAAGCCCAGUCUUAUUUCGCACUUGGAGCAAGAAGAGGAACUUAGGACUGAAGAGAGGAGAAUUCAUCAAGCCACCUGUCCAGAUUGGGAGAUGACAUCUAAAACAAGAUGGUCAAUUCUUAUGGAAGAUAUUUUUGGGAAGGAAACCUCCAAUGGCAUGACAGUGGAAAGAACUGGACUUGGUGAGAAACCCACUGAAUAUGCUCACUUUCUUGAUGUCUUCAGCAUGGAGGCUCACAUCACCCAGCAGAUGGGACGGCACAAUGGGAAAAGGCCCUAUCACCGCCAUAACUAUGGGGCAGGCUUCAGGGACAGAUCACAUCUCACUGAACACAUGAGUAUUUGCAGUGGAAGAAAUAUGUAUGAAUGCCAUCAUUGCCCAAAAGCCUUCACCACAAGGUCUUCGCUCACCCGCCACAAGAGGAUUCACACUGGAGAGAAGCCCUAUGAAUGCAGUGCCUGUGGGAAAGCCUUCAAUGAUCCAUCAGCUCUUCGAAGUCAUGUGCGAACUCACACCAAAGAGAAGCCCUUUGACUGCAGUCAGUGUGGAAAUGCAUUUCGCACACUCUCCUCUCUGAAGAUACACAUGCGAAUACACACCGGGGAGAGGCCUUAUGAGUGUGACCAGUGUGGGAAAGCCUAUGGCAGAAGCUGCCACCUUACUGCACACAAGAGGACGCACACUGGAGAGAGACCCUAUGAGUGUCAUGACUGUGGGAAAGCUUUCCAGCAUCCUUCACACCUUAAAGAACAUGUCCGGAAUCACACUGGUGAGAAGCCCUAUGAGUGCACACAGUGUGGCAAAGCGUUCCGCUGGAAGUCUAACUUUAACUUGCACAAGAAAAACCACAUGAUAGUGAAAACAUAUGAAUGUAAAGAAUGUGGGAAAGCUUUUGGGGAUCUCCUAUCACGAAGAAAACAUAUGCGAAUUCAUAUUGUCAAGAAACCUGUUAUCUGUAGACAAUGUGGAAAAGCCUUCAGAAACCAGUCAAUCCUUAAGACACACAUGAAUUCCCACACUGGGGAGAAGCCAUAUGGGUGUGACCUAUGUGGGAAAGCCUUCAGUGCAAGUUCAAAUCUCACAGCACACAGGAAAAUACAUACCCAAGAGCGGCGCUAUGAAUGUGCCACCUGUGGGAAGGUCUUCAGUGAUUAUUUAUCGCGAAGGAGGCACAUGAGUAUUCAUCUUGUAAAGAAACGGGUUGAAUGCAGACAGUGUGGAAAAGCCUUUAGAAACCAAUCCACCCUUAACACACACAUGAGAACUCACACAGGAGAGAAACCAUACGAGUGUGAUCAUUGUGGGAAAGCCUUCAGCAUAGGCUCCAACCUUAAUGUGCACCGGAGAAUACACACUGGGGAGAAGCCGUACGAAUGCCUUGCCUGUGGGAAAGCCUUCAGUGACCAUUCAUCCCUCAGGAGUCAUGUGAAAACACACCGGGGAGAGAAGUUAUUUGUAUCUUCAAUGUGGAAGAGGCUUCAGUGAACAUGCCUUUUUAAAGAGAAGUAGAGUCCAGGCUGGAGAGGAACCUUGUAGAUAUAAAAUUGGUCGUAAAAG